CCACAGACUACACUACGGAAGCUCGGAAGGUCAUGUUUGGAUCUGGAGGUGGAGGACAAUGGCGGCGGUUUCGGGUGUCUCUAUGCAGAGCGGUAGCCCCGCUAGAGAACUCUCAGUCUCACUUCAGUCGGGAGGGAACCAGACUCAUGGGGAGCGGCCCAAACCCGAAGAGGUCACAGAGGUAGAGAAGCAAAGCCGUAUGGCUGCUCUGCUCGAGAGGCUUCAUGCAAAACACAAUGCUGCACGGCCAUGGCAGGAAACCUGCAAAGUCGUGCGUCAGGCCAUGGAGAAACGAGGCGCGAUGAACACUGCGGGUCACCAGCUCCUGCUCACCUGUCUGGAGACCCUGCAGAGAGCAUUGAAAGUUUCAUCACUGCCUUCCAUGACGGACCGCCUAGAAUCAAUCGCUCGUCAAAACCUGCUGCUGUCUCAUGUCAGCCCAUCAGGAACUGAGUGCUUUCUCACAUCAGACAUGUUUUAUGUAGAAGUCCAAUUAGACCCUGCUGGCCAGCUAGUCGACGUCAAGGUGGCUCACCAGAGGGAGAACCCUACGAGCUGCCACGAGCUGAUCCAGCAUCUAAGAGAGAAGAACUUUGAAGAGUUCUCCAAACACCUGAAAGGACUCGUUGAACUGUACAAGCUCCCUGGCGAUGAUAAGAUGAAAACCAAGAUGUACAUAGCACUGCAGUCUUUGGAGCUUGAUCUCACCAAGAUGAUGCACAUGUUUAGGUUGGCAACCAAUGCAAAUGCAGUGGAAACUAUACUUCAUGGCAGCGUGGGUUUAUUGACAGCGAGGAGUGGCGGCAAUCUUGUUUCUCUUCAAUGCUACGUGUCCCCUUAUGACAUAUUUGAGGAGGGAGCACAGCUAAACUUAACAGAAAAUGUUCCCCGCUCUUUAGGCAUCAGCGUGUCUGUCACAAUUGAGGGAACCGUCGCCGUCUACAAGCUCCCAAUUGCUCCACUCAUUACUGGAUCUCACCCUGUGGACAACAAAGGGACCCCUUCCUUCUCCACUGUGACCAACUCCAACUGUGUGGAUCUGCCUGCUUGCUUUUUUCUCAAGCUGACCCGCCCCAUGCCCUUUUCACUCUUAUUUAUUCAAAGGAUGGGUUAUGCUUCUGCAAUCCCAGUGUUUGAGACCCCACCAAGCCUCUCACCUCUCUACCAGUUAAUCGUCCAGAGCCAGUUCCAACUCCUGGAAGAGAGCAGCUCCACACCUCCACCUUCCCACAACAUGCACUUCUAUUCUGUGCUGCCUGAUCAGCAACAUUGUUAUUUCCUGAAUGGCGAUGCCCCAGUUCAAGAUGGACAUUCUCUCCAAGGAGCACUGGUUUCCAAGAUCCCCUUUCGCCACCCGGCACAAGUGCCACAUCUAUUAGAUAUCAUCCGGCAUCAGGCUGCCUAUAACACAUUGAUUGGCAGCUGUGUAAAACAGACUCCUAUCAAAGAAGACAGUGCUGGCCUGCUGCAGUUUGAAGUAUGUCCUCUCACUGAUUCAAGUUUCAGUGUUUCAUUCCAGCAUCCAGUCAAUGAAUCACUGGUCUGUGUGGUGAUGGAGGUGAUUGACUCCAGACAAGUGUCCUGCCGGCUGUAUAAAGGUCCAUCAGAUGCCUUAAUCUGUACUGAUGACUUUAUCACUAAAGUGGUUCAGAGAUGCAUGUCCAUUCCUGUGACCAUGCGGGCUAUUCGGAGGAAAGCAGAGACCAUCCAGGCUGACACUCCAGCACUGUCGCUAAUUGCCCAAACUGUGGCGACCAUGGUGAAAAAUAAUCUUCCACCAUCUGGUAGCCCUAUGUACAACAUGGCAGCAGGUGAUAUAGCAAAUCCUUUGGAAAUGCCUGGACUCACAGGAGGCAACACCCCAACCGGAGGUCCUGCCGGUGGACCUAAUUUUCCAAAUCCAAUGAUUCUCUUUGGGAAGUCCCAAACAGAGAGACAAGCCCAAGGAGGAGAUUGCCUUAACCAGGGUGGAGUGGCUGGACAACAUCAACUGCCACAGCAGCAAGGCCAGGUUCAUUCAGAUGAAUACAGCAAAGUUGUCCAGAAUCCCAUAUUGACAAGUCUUUUACAAAUCACUGGAAAUAUGGGUUCUAGUCCCAGCUCUCAAAAUGCUCCUCCACCACAUCAGACUCCGCCCCCAACUUCCUCUCCUGCCAGCAACACUAAGAAUCAUCCAAUGUUGAUGAACUUGUUAAAAGAUAAUCCCACUCAAGAUUUUGCUGCACUGUACAGUUCUAGUCCAUUAGAGAGACAGAACUCUGGUUCCCCUCGGACAGAGGGCAUGGGAGCAGCCUGUCCUGGGGGAAACACAAAGGGAAAGAAAAAGCGGCCACGGCCAACAGAGAAAGGUGCCAUGUUGCCUGGAAGUGCUCCAGGUGGUGGAAUGGGUAUGAAAUCACAACAAGGAUCCUCCAUUCAGCAGCAUCACCAGCACCAUGCAGCCACACAUGAAGAUGAUUUCCACCGUGAGCUUCUUUCUAUGGUAGAUGCAUCUCAAAAUUCUAUAUUUGAUGUUAACCUGACUGGUGAUGGUUUAGACACACCGCACAGCAUCACCCCAGCACCAAGCCAAGGUGGAACGCCACCAUCUGGCCCCGGCAUGCCUUAUUCACAGUCUCAUAUCCAGUCUCAGCAGCAGCAACCACCUGGGACUGUACCACCUCGAAUGUCUCGACUGUCAAGUUCUGACAGCAUUGGAGCUGAUAUCACAGAGAUCCUCUCAGAUUUACCAGAACAGACAGGCAAACCUAGCAGUGGCAACCAUGGACAGCACCCGGUGGUCAGCGGUGGGGAGGAUGGAGGCCCACUCGGUACUCCCAUCCGUGACUCCUCCAGUUCAGGCCAAGGCAGUACAGUUUUUGACUCUGCAGACAUUUUCAGUGCCAACAGCAACGAAAAUCCUUUUACUGACGCUGCUGAUUUGAUCGCAGAGGCUGCCGCAACGGCAGCCACUCCCAACAGCGAUUCAUCUUCUACAAACUUCUUUCCUGAUGCCGCUGAUUUUAAUGCUGACCUGCUGACUUCCGGCCAUGGCUUCUCUCAGACUUACUUUGACGACAGCUCCCCCAGUGCUGAUGGAGACAUAGACCUUGUCAAAGGGUUUGGGGGAGGGAGCCAGCAAAAUACUCCAUCAGGAACACCUCAGAACCCGACUCCACACGGGCAAAGCACUCCAGAGCCUACACUGAAGGACCCUUUUGAUAUAGGCAUUACGUUUGUAGGGAACAGUGGUGGUGGUAAACCACUACUAGGGCCAGCCCCGGAUUUAGGAGACACACAUGGUGCUGGAUCUCAGAGUCCAAUCAUGAUGGGCCUUGGAGCUUGUGGUGACUUUAAAAGUGCAGAACCCAAAGUGAAACAGCCACAGGGACUGAUGCGACCAAAGGAUGAGAAUGGUGGAAGCGCAGCUAGCAACUCUAGUAUUGGAAUGGGCAGCACUUCCACUGAGGUUAAACAAAUCAAACGCAGCAGAACUCCAUCCAGUGAGGGAAAGUCUAAAGAUAAGCCUCCAAAACGCAAAAAACUAGACCCUGAUGGAAAGUCGCCAUCACACAGCUCAGGUGGUCGACCGUACACACCUCCUAGUGGUGGCUCAGGGUCUGGAGGAAGCAUGAGCGGAGGAGGUUCCAAGUCUCCUGGUAGUUCAGGAAGGUCACAAACGCCCCCUGGUGGUGCCACACCUCCAAAAGUUCCCAAAAUCACCAUUCAGAUCCAAAAAGGGACAAUCACUGGUGGGAAAACUUCAUCCCAUAGCGGAUACACUUCCAGCAGUUUGACCACAAGUAGCACUGGAAGUGUAGGAGGGACAAGCAGCAGCAAAAGCCAUCAUUCCCACUCAUCUUCCUCAGGUAAGAUCAAGUCCAAGGAAGGCUCUGUAACACAAGGAAGCAGCUCCAAGCAAGGAAGUGGACUAGGCGGCGCAAGUGGCACUUCCCAGUCCAAAGGCUCUUCUCAAGGAAUGGGUGUGGGUAAACCAGGAUCUUCGCCGAUCACUAAACAUGGACUGUCUGGACCUGGAGGUAGUGGAAGUGGAAUUGGCAGCAGUAAUAAAUCAAAACCACAGGGGGGGAAGCCGUCUGGGUCCCUCAUGAAUCCAAACAUGAAGCCAAACAUCUCUCCUUCUCAUUCCCGUUCAGGUGGAUCUGGUGACAAAUUGUCCUCCCCUAUGAAAAUGUCUCAGUCUCAAGUACCGGGAACCCCCCCUUCUUCCAAGGCUAAAUCUCCAAUGGGCUCAGGAGGCAGUGGCUCUGGGGGGUCCAAGUCUUCUGGUGGAGGUAUGAGUUCUCAAAAGCCCAUGGGUGGAAGCUCUUCCUCUGGCUCCACAUCAUCUACAUCAUCCUCGAGCUCCUCUUCUUCUGGUUCCAUGGGUUACUCAGGUUCUCAGACUCAGUAUGGGAGUGGGAGUGGAGGAGGAAGUGGAGGUGGAGGACAUAGUGGAGGCGGAGGACAUGGAGGAGGUGGGGGUAGUGGUGGAGGAGGUGGGGGCAGUGGGAGCGGUGGGGGCAGUGGGGCAGCAAAUCAGAACAAUGCAAACAACCCCAAUGCCAAAGGGAAAUCACCUAGUCGAAACAAGAAGCCUUCUCUUACAGCAGUCAUAGACAAACUCAAGAGUGUAGGAGGAGGGGGACUGGGGGAGGAUGGAUGUGAGGUUGGGCCACCAGUCGGAGGAUCUGGUUCAGGAUCUGCUCCUGGUGGUGGUUCUGGGAGUGUUCCCAGCAGUGGAGCAUCAAGCAUGGUGCCCUCCAAACAUGGCUCAUCGUCCCAAAGUGGAGAAUAUAAGAGAGAAAGCUCUGAUAAGGAUGCUAAAGCAAAAGUUUCAGUUUCUGGGGGAAACAGUGGAGAUAAAAAACUAAUGGACCCAAAAUCAGGUGGGGUGGGCACAACUGGUCUGGCCAAAAUCAUUAUUAGCAAACCUGACGGGGGCUCACCAAGCAUCAAGGCUAAAGUGCUUCAAAAAUCCGGCGAGGGAUCUGGCGACUCCAUGCGUCCCCAAAUUUCCAGUCUCAAAGCGUCGCCUCUCUUCAGUGGCUCUACUCCCAAACACGACCGCUCCUCUCCAAGCCACAGCCGCUCACCAGGAUACACUCCGCUCAACCACGACAGUGAGAGUGAGUCAGGGAGCAGCUCGGUAGCAGAGAAGUCCCACCAAAACAGCCCCAGCUCGGACGACGACCAGACCAUGCGACCACUACCCCCCCAGGACUACAUGAGCUCCAUUACCCUCAGUUCAGGGGAGAAACACAAAAAGCACAAGAAGGAGAAAAAGAAGCAAAAAGAAAGAGAACGUGAGAGAGACAGAGACAGAGAACGAGACAGAGAGAAGGAAAAAAAGAAGUCGUCCAUGUCCAUGGGGCCUUCCUCACAUCCAAUUAAAUCAGACAGUUGGUCUCGAUCGCCCAUCUCUGCUUCAGAGUCCUCUUUGUCCAUGCUGGGCCCGGAGCGUCCGUCUCGGCCCAGUCCCAUGUACAUGAGAAAUGAAGACGAUGAUCUCAUGGACUCGGCCCUAACUGGCAACUUGUAGAUUUUAUUCAAACUUUCUCUAAAAUAUAACAACCUGUUGACACAUUUUAGAACCAGGCCUUUUACAUGCAAAUUAAAUAGAUAUUUAUAAGUGGAGACACACGCUAAUGUUGGUCGUGGCAUCUCCCACAGAGACCUAUAAUCAUUUGAUUUUAACAUGGUUCGUUGCCAAAACAUCAUGAUGGUUUUAAAUCUUAUAAAAGAAUACAGGUGUCUCAUUUUAUCAUGACCAUUUCAAAACGUUUUUUCUUUCUUUUUUAAAAAAAAAAGUUUUUAUGUAUAAUCUUGUUCUUUUUAUAUUUAAUACACCUGUCAGUGUACGUUGUCAGAACUAGCGUUUGUUUAAAAAUGUUAAAACUGUUAGAGAACAGUACAGUGUUCACUUUGCCUUCCUUUUGCUUUUUUAAAGAUAUUUUGAUACGUUUUUACAUGAAAAUGUAAAUUGCUGUUGGAAGAAGAAAAGAGACUUUACGAUAGAGUAAUAACAAUAGGCUAGAAGAUCUGUUUAUUUUUAAUUGUCAACAUUUAGCUAAAAAAAAUCACUUCUGAUGUGUAACUACUACACUUCCCUAAAGCUGCACAAGAUGGCAGCAGUGUGCAGAAGUCAGCUGCUCUCCCGCUGUAAAAAAUAUCAUGGAUUUCAUUAAGUCAUGGAAGAAUGUAUUA